AAUCCCUACCGCCAAGCUCCCGAGCGCGCCCCAGCGGCCUCUCUAACCGCCACGCCCUCUCUAUGGUGAGGCGGGGCGACGCACUGACGCGACUAUUUCUGGGGCGCGUCCCGUGAUGGCCGGCGGUGGGGCCGUUGCCGCGCUUGCCCUUUCGUUUGCUGCCGUCCCGUCGCCGUCGCCUUUGGAGCGCAGCGCGGCCGCCAUGGCCGAGGAAGAGAGCCUGGCGCCUUCCGGGGAAGGAUCAGGAUGGCUGUCCAGUUGGUUGCCUGCAUGGUGUCCUACAUCAUUAGUACAGCUCAAAGAAGCUGAAGAGAAGAUACUGAAAUAUAUCAAAAGUCCUUAUCAUAAACAAUAUGUCUUCAUAUCCAAUGGAAAUAAAAUAUGGACACUAACGUUCUCUCAAAACCUUUCCCAUAAAACUCCACUUGUUCUGCUCCAUGGAUUUGGAGGAGGUGUUGGACUUUGGGCACUGAACUUCGAAGAUCUUUGUGAACAUAGGACUGUUUAUGCCUUUGAUUUUUUGGGAUUUGGACGCAGUAGUAGACCACAGUUUGAAACUGAUGCAGAAGUAGCAGAGAAUCAAUUUGUGGAAUCUGUGGAAGAAUGGCGACAGAAAAUAGGCUUGGACAGAAUGAUUUUACUUGGACACAACCUGGGUGGAUUCCUGGCAGCUGCUUAUUCUUUGAAGUACCCCGCAAGGGUGAAGCAUCUUAUAUUAGUGGAGCCAUGGGGUUUUCCAGAAAGACCUAGUAGUGUUGAACAGGAGAGGCCAAUUCCAAUCUGGAUCAAAGCACUUGGGGCAGUUUUGAGUCCAUUUAAUCCAUUGGCUGGUCUUAGGAUAGCAGGACCUUUUGGACUGAGCCUUGUACAGCGUGUUAGGCCAGAUUUCAAGAGGAAGUAUUCUUCCAUGUUUGAUGAUGACACUGUGACUGAAUAUAUCUACCACUGUAAUGUGCAAUCCCCAAGUGGUGAAACUGCUUUCAAGAACAUGACUGUGCCCUACGGAUGGGCAAAAAGGCCAAUGCUGCAGAGGAUCGAGUAUAUGCACCAAGACAUUCCUAUCACUGUGAUUUACGGAGCAAGGUCAUAUAUAGAUGGCAAUUCUGGGACUACCAUCCAGUCUCUGCGACCAAAUUCAUAUGUGAAAACCAUAGCUAUUCUUGGUGCGGGUCAUUACGUAUACGCUGAUCAACCUGAAGAUUUCAACCAGAAAAUAAAAGAGAUUUGCAAUUCUGUGGACUGACCAGCAUUCUGCCCUGUAGAAAAACCAGCUGCAGAUGUUAUCCAAAGCAAUACUUUGUAAAAUACUGAGAAGCAGAGACUUUUUAAAAACACACAACAAAAUCAGGCUUUGUUUGCACCAUUCCUUGCAAAACGUUACUGACACAUUUUUAGUCAUGCAGUGCCUUUUGCUGCGGGGCGGGGGGGGGGGGGGGGGGGGGUUGCAGGAGAUUUUCAAAAUGAACUUGGUAUAGUUUUGUUCGAUAUUGCUGUUUAUAUAUUCAGGGAGGGUAUUUGUUUCUUUAAUAUUUUUAAACUGGACAUUUCUCAAAUUGAACUUUUUGAAAAUUAAGAGGAUUUUCCAAUUAAGGUAUAGUUUCAUAUGCAACAGAAAUUUUAUGUAUCCAAUAAAAUCUUUUCUUUUUUUACAGUUUGAUGACCCAAUAGUCUUAGACUACUGUAAUAAAAUAUGAAGUAAAUGUUGUUUAGCUAUUCAUUUGUUUUGUCUUGACACACUGGUCUUGUUAGGAAUUUGAAAAUGUUUCACUGUAUUUCUGUUGGAAUCCCAGAAAUAUGUGUAGAAGAACUUAAUUCCCUUUUUUUAAGGUUAUGAAGUGGGACUAUCAAAAUCAUGAAUAGGCCUCAAGAAAAAUAACAAAGUAGGAACUCUGUGUGAGGCUAGUGAAGUCAUAGUGAAUUUCUACCUCAGUCGCUCCCUAACUGUAGGUACUGUCUGUUGUGUGUUUCUUGGGGGUGGUGUGUUUGUCACUUCUGACACUUGUGUUGCUAAAGAACUGUUAUAGAAUCCAGUGACUUUAAGACUCAAACACCUUUUUAGUUGCACAACUGGUUAAUUUGUAGAUAUUGCAUGAUCCCUGCUGGCUUGCGCCUCAUAGUGUUACUAUAAUCCCCAGGAAAAAAAACUGUGUCUGAUACACUAAGGAGAACUUUUUUUUUCUUAGACAAGUGUAAUAGUGAGCCAGUUUAAGUAGUAAACAGGAAAGUAUAUUAUGAUUAACACCCAUAGAUACUAUUUUUAAAACCCUGAAUUUUAGCACAAGGCAAAUGAAACAUUGAGACCAUCUUUACCUCAGGACUUCUAAAAAAAAUAAUACUUGAUUCCAUGCAGUAUUUUUAAUAAGAGCUGUUUAUGCUCUAGUUCUUUGCAAAACUGUAAUUUGACAUAAGUUCUUAAGUACUUUGAUAAUAAAAAACUAACUUUUGUCAAUUGAAAAA